AUGAUAAAAUGCUACGAAAUAAGCUUAAGCGAGGUUUAGGACUGUGUAGCCAAGAAUUGUGACAAUGUAUAACGAAAUUAAAUCAAUUUAGGAAAAUUCAAAUUGCACUAAAGACAGUACUUGUAAUCAAGCAUUAAAAGACUUUAAUGAGUGUUUUAUGGCCAAUUAACAUAAUGCCACCUAUCCUUACGAAGAAUGUAAAGGAGUUUCAAACACUGCAUAUUCAACAUUAAUGACAUGCUAUGAGAAUUGCGAUUACAACUUAAUCCUUGCAGAGUCUAUUUUAGCUAUGACUAUUUACAUAUUCUUUAUGGUUAAUUGA